CGACGGCGAGCUGGAGAACAACUUGGUCUUACUACUGGCCAGAGCUCUAUAUAUACAAAGGAACAGCUAGAAGAUGUCUCUUGUACCUCGCUCAUUUAAAGCUUUCCGUCUAGGUCUCAUUCAGCUUGCUACAGGUGCAGACAAGGCACGCAACCUGCAAAAUGCUGCCAGUAAAGUCAAGGAAGCCGUCCAGGGCAAAGCUCAAGUCGUUGUGCUGCCUGAGUGCUUCAACUCUCCUUAUGGAACACAAUACUUCCCCGAGUACGCAGAGUCAAUUGAUCCGCCAGAGCAGAGUUAUCUCGCGCUCGCCAAGAUGGCCAAGGAUAACGACGUCUACCUUGUAGGUGGCUCCAUUCCAGAGAAGAAGGACGGUAAACUAUACAACACAUCUCUGUGCUUUGACCACAAAGGCGAGCUCAUUGGCGUCCACAGAAAAGUACACCUCUUUGAUAUUGACGUCCCUGGCAAGAUUCGCUUCCAAGAGAGCGACUGCUUGAGUCCAGGCGACAAGCUCACUGAGAUCGACACGCCGUACGGUAAAUUUGGUGUCGCCAUCUGCUACGAUGUACGAUUCCCAGAGAUGGCCAUGGUCGCUGCUCGUAACGGGUGCUCAGCUUUCCUGUACCCCGGCGCCUUCAAUCUCACUACGGGUCCGCUGCACUGGGAACUCCUCGGCAGGGCGCGUGCAGUCGAUAACCAAAUCUUUGUCGCUCUGUGCUCACCAGCAAGAGACAUGUCUGCUUCCUACAACGCUUACGGUCACUCCAUCAUUGUCAAUCCGAACGGUCAAGUCUUGGCAGAGGCUGGCACCAACGAGGAGAUCAUCUACGCAGACUGCGAACCACAAGCGAUGGAAGACACACGAAAGUCGAUUCCAGUCACGACGCAGCGUCGCUUUGACGUCUAUGAAAAUGUAGCAGACAAAUAGGUAGAAUCGUCAGC